GCGCAGUUUCGGAGUCUGAGAACUCAAAGCUCCUCCCCCCGCCCUCGGGGCUAUGGUGUUGGAAGCAGAGAUUAGAAAGCGAAAUUAAGCUCUUUCUGGUGUUUGGACUGUGGAUGUUCAGGCUCCUCAGGGGGGAAUGAGUGACAUUCUGCAGGGAAGAAGAUGCAGGCUAGCCCCAUCUGUAUUCCAACUGUCAGCAAUGACACGGAUUGGGACUUCUGCUUCCACCUGUCACAGCAAGCCAAGAUCCCAGCAUACCAGAAAAGGGAUGAGUUGUAUUACUCUAGUGGGUCUGGAGAGAGUGAAGAAGACAUCAAAGCCAAGGAGGAAAAGGCCGUAGGCUACAUGGCUCUUCCUAAAGAGAAAUUGGCCCAUUCCCAGAAGAAGAUAACUCAGCUUAUUAAGAAAAAAAUGAAUACCCAAGCAAAUAAGGAGCUGAUUCGUUGUGUCAUCCUUUCUCGGAUUAUUUUUGGGGAAGAACACUGGAAGUGUGCGCAGGCUUUGGCCAGCCUAGCCUAUGGCUACCUGACACUGAGAGGCCUUCCAGCUCAGGCCAAGAAACAUGCUGAGUCUGCCAAGAACACGCUGCUGACCUGGAAGGGAAGCACAGCCUCAAACAAGGAGAAAAAGGAAAUCCUGGAAGCUCUGGUCAUGCUGUACUACACCCUGGGGGUGGCCUGGCUCCUGCAGAACCAUGGCAGAGAGGCUUAUUUCAACCUGCAGAAGGCAGAGAGAAACAUGAAGGAGCUGAAAGAAUUAUAUAAGGGAGGUGUUCGCAAAUUACAAGUCUCAGAGAAAGACCUGACAAUUGCUUUGGGCAGAGCUUCCUUGGCCAUCCACAGAUUGAACCUCGCUCUGGCAUACUUUGAAAAGGCAAUUGACAAUGUUAUUGCUGCUAAGGGUGAUAGGACAUUGGAUCUGGUCAGUCUAUAUGAGGAAAUCGCUCAGAUCGAGCAGCUGAGGAGGAACCAUGAUCAGGCCAUCCAGUAUUUGGAGCAGGCCUAUUCUAUCUGUGUUUCUUUGUUCACUGAAGUCAGCCCCCAAACUGCAGAGGCAAGCGCGUUACUAGCCAAGGCUCAUGCCAUGUCUGGAGAGGCGCAACACAGGGAUGCUGUUGAGAUAUAUUUUAUAAAGAGUAUCAGUGCAUAUCAAGCAACAUUGGGCCCAGCAGAUUAUGAAACUCUGACAACUAUUGAAGAAUUUUGCAAAUGGCUUGUCCAAAAUGGCAAAAAACAGUGUCUGAUGAUUCAAAUCUUUUUAUAUGGAAGUGAGCACAGUAAAAGCAGAGACACAAAAGACCUCCUUACCUUGUUGCAGAGGGCAAGUAACAGUUCAUCCAGGUGGAGAAGAGAAACCAUUCCAGGAAGAAGGAACUGUAUAUGCAAAGGCCCUGAGGUAUGACAGAGGACAGCGUAUCGGAGCAAUGGUAAGUUCUUUAUGGCUGCCAUACACAGUAGCAUUUUCUGGAGGGUACUGCAAGGGUUGCUGAUUGCAAGGGAUGUUGCACUGCCUACAUGGAGGAGGGAGAAAGGCUCUGGGCAGAUUGGUUU